GGGGUGAUGAACAAGGUCUGAAUUGGUCUGUAAUAAGCAGGAGCUAACCAUGUCACUGGGGCCCAUCCUGGAUGCCAUGCUGAGCGGGGGGCGAUCGGCGCCCAGCCUCGACGGGGCGACGGGGCCCUCCUCGUCACUACCUGGCGAGUCAGAGAUGAGUGAGGAGGACGUGGUGUUGGUGCACAAGCCGGCCACUUGGCCCUGGUGCGAGGAGGAGAGGGGGGACCAGCCACAGGCCCAGCAGGAGCUAACCAUGUCACUGGGGCCCACGCUGGAUGCCAUGCUGAGCGGGGGGCGAUCGGCGCCCAGCCUCGACGGGGCGACAGGGCCCUCCUCGUCACUACCUGGCGAGUCCGAGAUGACUGAGGAGGACGUGGUGUUGGUGCACAAGCCGGCCACUGGGCCCCCGUGCGAGGAGGAGAGGGGGGACCAGCCACAGGCCCAGGUGGUGCUGAGCGUGAUGUGGAACAGAACGAUCCUGGGCAUGGCCUUCUACGACUCCGAGGACGGCACCGUCUACUACAUCAACGACACGCCCGACACAGAUGACAACUCGCUUCUUAAACGCGUGAUUUUCCAGCUGAACCCCACAUGCAUCAUCACCAGUGCCAAGCAGAAAGACAGCUUCUUCAAGAUGCUCGCCAACCCAGACGGCGAGGUCGGUGAGAAGAAGGCCCCCGAGGGGGAUGGCGGUGAGCAAGUGGAUGGUCGUGAGCAAGGAAGUUACAACGUGGAGGUGCUGCCCAGCUUUAACUUCGUGGUGGAAGCUGGCAAGCAGCGUAUCCUCAACACCAACCUGCCGGGCAUGUUGCCGGACCUCACGGAACAAGAGCGCAUCUACCACUUUGUGCAGAUGGUGCCGUUCGACAAUUCUUAUAUGUUGUGUGCGAUGGGCGCACUGCUCAAGUUCGUGGAGCAGAAAAGGGUGGGUGUGGAGCUGGAGAACAAGGAUGCGCGCGUCCCCAUCAUGGCCUUCCGCCUCUUCACGCCGUCCGUGCCCACGCCGGCCACACCACACCGCCGUGACCACAACCACAGAGACAACCACAGCACCUUGAACACAACUACAUUGACAACCACACCACUCACAGCUGUCUUCACCACCGGCACGACCACACAACUCACUGCACUCACAGCUUUCAUAACCACCACCGACGCAACCACACCAAUGGAAACACAACCCACGACACUCACUGCUUUGAUCACCACAAGCACAACCACACCACUGAUCACAGCCACAAAUACCCAUGUCGUACACAACUGUAUAUACGGUCCUUUUUAUCACCCAACUCACCGUAUACAUAAUUUUACACAGCACGACGAGAUAGAUUUACAGCCGGUUUUUUUUUUGCACAACAGUGGAACACAUGCAAUACGUGUCAGCAGUCGACGUGAGCGAGGCGUGGAAAAAUGCCUGGUUCUGUCAGUAUUGACGCAAGCGCGCGUGCGCUUCUCUCGUCCCAGGGAGGACAUCGUGCACGUUGACAAGAACACCUUCCGCGCCUUGCAGAUAUUUAAAUCUAAGACUCACCCGUCAGCGUUUAAAAGUGUCUUUGGCGGCAAGGAAGGACUCAGCCUCUUCGGCAUCAUGAACCGCUGUCACUCCCCUCCUGGCGUUCGCCUCCUCGAGAUGUGGUUCCGCCGCCCGACGCGCAACCUGCAAGAGCUGUCAGACCGCCUGGACGUCGUCGAGUUCACCACCUCCCCAUGCAACUCUGAGGUCGUCAAGAGGCUGCAAAACUACCUCAAGCAGAUCCGGAGCCUAUCUAGAAUCCUCAUGCGAAUGAAGAUUUCCCACGCCACUGUGCAAGACUGGAAGACACUCUACCAGACGGUCUUCCACCUGGUGUACAUAUGGGAAACGUGCCGCAAUCUGCCUCAGAAUGUGAAGCUCUUCGCCAGAAUCAAUCACACCUCCAGGAACCUCACCUACAUCAGCUCGCUGCUCGCCAACGUGGUAAGGUGGACGCAGAGUCCACGUGCCUGCACUCUCGGCGCCCAGAUCCCCCCGGAGUGGCCCAACCGUCUGUUAAGGUUAUACGGUAUGAACGUGGUGGGCACGUUGCAGAUGGACUUUGAGGCGAGCAAGGUGGAGAGCAGAUGCGUGGUGAAGCCCAAUGUGGACACCUCGCUUGAUGAAAGUGAGUUGCUCGUAAUUCCACUUCAUGUACAACCAGAACAAGAGCACUCUUGGCUACUGGGACCCCCCCCCCUCCACCACCGCUCAGGUCUCCCUUGCGAGAGCGAGCACCCCCUUACCUCGUCUGUCCUUGCGGUGCCGACACGUGUAGAGAAGCGCACGUUCUACGGGCUGCCGGACUUCAUGACGUGCGUGGCGCGCGACGAGCUGGAGGAGCUGGAUGUUCGCAUCACCUCGUGCCGCAUCAUCUAUCUCCCGCAGCUCGGGUACCUGCUCUCCGUGCCACAGCUGCCGGAGAUGGAGAAGGAGGCGGAGGAGGGAAACUUUGAAAUUGAGGGCCUUGAAUUCAUGUUUGUGUCCGACAAAAGGGUGCACUACCGAAGUUCCCGCACGCAGGAGCUCGACCAACUGCUGGGCGAUGCUCGGUGUGAGAUCAGAGACCAGGAGCUGGCCAUCGUGCAACAGCUGCAGGGGAAGGUGAUGGAGUGGGCGGCCGUGCUGAGGGAAGCGAUGGAACUUGCCGCUCGCCUUGACUGCCUGCUGGCGUUGGGCACGGUGGCGCGCGAUUACGGCUACCGGCGCCCCAGCCUCACCACCAGGAACAUCAUCAACAUCAAGGGCGGCCGGCACCCGCUACUGGAGCUGUGCACCGGCAUGUUCGUGCCAAACCCUAUGAUCAGUGACAUGCACCACGGCAAGAUGAAGGUGAUCACGGGGCCCAACGCAUGCGGCAAGAGUAUCUACCUGAAGCAGGUGGGGCUGGUGGUGUUCAUGGCGCUCCUGGGCAGCUUCGUGCCGGCUGAAGAGGCGGAGAUUGGGCUGCUGGAUGGACUGUACUCGCGGGUCCAGACCGGCGAGAGCAUCUCCACUGGCUCCUCCACCUUCCUCGUCGACCUCAACCAGAUGGGGUCCAGUAUCACCGGCGCUACCGAGGACUCCCUGGUGCUGGUGGACGAGUUUGGCAAAGGCACCAACGCGGUGGACGGGCUGGUGCUGCUGGCGGCCGUGCUGCGCCAUUGGCUGUCGCAGGGCGAGCGCUGCCCCCACGUCAUGGUCUCCACGCACUUCCACAGGCUCCUGCAGGAGAAGUUGCUGCCAGAGAGCCCACUCAUUUCCUUGCAGACGUUCGAGACAGUGCAGGAGGGCGAGGAGCUUGUGUUCCUCUACCAGCUGCGGGACGGCGUUGCCGACUCCAGCCUCGCGGUCAAAGUGGCCCAGAACACCGGCCUGCCCGCCAAACUCUUGGAGCGUGCCACCGAGGUGUCGAAGUGCUACCAGACCAACAAGUCCAUCCCUUGCAUCGACCAGGCGGCCGCCGACAAGCAGUACCAGAGAUGGCAAUUGCUCGUGGAGAAGUUCCUGGAGAUGGAUAUAGAUGCAGAGGGCGCGGACGUGCCCGCAAUGCUGAAGGAGCUCAUCAGCAAGUACGGGCUGUGACGGAGACAACAAACGCACCGCUCACUCACAACACUCGCACUAUACACACCACUCACCAUACCUUACUACUCAACACUCACCACUCUCGUUUUCCAACACACAUAAAACACAACACUCACUCUACACUUUGGCUUUAAAAUACAAGGGGAAAAGUGUCGCUUGGAAUCCAAAUAUGAUGCCGGUAUCAUGUUAUAAUUUAAGCAUGCGUUUUUAUGCAAGAGUACGAGUGCAAGAGGUAAUACAGUUGUUUAUUACAACUUUAUUACUUUAACAUCUCGAUGGCGAGAUGUGGUGAAAUGUUAACUACCUCGCCUGGUAUAGAGGGGUCGUGGGUUCGAUCCAGACCCUGACUCCUGGAUAUUUGGAGUUUACGUGUUUUCUCC